GGGAGGGUGACUGAGUAUCGCUAAUAACAAGUUAAAGACUAAUAACAAUAAUAACAGACCACCUCCGGGAGGAUCCGCGGCGGAGGCUGAGUGAGGGAUCCCCGCUGAGGCCAGCGGGGUCGCAGCGCUGGGUAUCUCGGAGAGACGCUCAGAGGCAUCAGUUUGUGCGGCGGCAGCAGCAAUAUGGCUGGUGAUGGGCUUUUUGGGGGGCGCUGGCGGCGGGAGGAGCUCUCGGAAGCCCCUGCGCGCCCGGCUCGCUGUUAGCUAUGGCAAAUGGCAGCGGCGGCGGCUCCUACCCGGGCGGCAGCGGCAGCGGCAUUAGAAUGAGUAACAAUAUCAACGCCAACAAUCUCAACACAGACUCGUCCUCCUCCCCCGUCAAUGUGCCCAAGAUGGAUGCGCUCAUCAUCCCGGUGACCAUGGAGGUGCCCUGCGAUAGCCGCGGACAGCGCAUGUGGUGGGCUUUCCUCGCCUCAUCCAUGGUUACUUUCUUUGGGGGACUGUUUAUCAUCCUGCUGUGGAGGACCCUCAAGUACCUGUGGACUGUCUGCUGCCACUGCGGGGUCAAAAACAAGGAGGCCCAGAAGAUCAAUGGUGGUGGAGAUACACAGGCAGAUGGAGCCUGCAAACCAACAGAUGAAAAAGAGGAGAAUGUGGCAGCAGAAGUGGGAUGGAUGACGUCUGUGAAGGAUUGGGCAGGAGUCAUGAUAUCUGCCCAGACAUUAACUGGCAGAGUACUUGUUGUCUUAGUCUUCGCUCUUAGUAUUGGUGCUCUUGUAAUAUACUUCAUAGAUUCAUCAAACCCAAUAGAAUCCUGCCAGAAUUUCUACAAAGAUUUCACAUUACAGAUCGACAUGGCUUUCAAUGUGUUCUUCCUACUCUACUUCGGCUUGCGUUUUAUAGCAGCCAAUGACAAGCUAUGGUUUUGGCUAGAAGUUAACUCAGUGGUAGAUUUCUUCACGGUCCCUCCAGUGUUUGUGUCAGUAUAUUUAAACAGAAGUUGGCUUGGUUUAAGAUUUUUAAGAGCCCUUAGACUGAUACAGUUUUCAGAAAUCUUGCAGUUUCUGAAUAUACUUAAAACAAGUAAUUCCAUCAAGCUAGUGAAUCUGUGCUCUAUAUUUAUCAGCACGUGGCUGACAGCAGCUGGGUUCAUACAUUUGGUGGAGAACUCAGGGGAUCCAUGGGAAAAUUUCCAAAAUAAUCAACCGCUAACAUAUUGGGAAUGUGUUUAUUUGCUGAUGGUUACAAUGUCCACCGUUGGCUAUGGAGAUGUUUAUGCAAAAACAACCCUUGGUCGCCUUUUCAUGGUCUUCUUCAUCCUUGGGGGAUUGGCCAUGUUUGCCAGCUACGUCCCUGAAAUCAUAGAGUUAAUAGGAAACCGCAAGAAAUAUGGUGGUUCCUAUAGUGCGGUUAGUGGAAGAAAGCACAUAGUUGUCUGUGGUCACAUAACACUUGAAAGUGUGUCGAACUUCCUGAAGGACUUCCUGCACAAGGAUAGGGAUGAUGUCAAUGUAGAAAUCGUCUUUCUGCAUAAUAUCUCCCCUAACCUUGAGCUGGAAGCUCUUUUUAAACGACACUUCACUCAGGUGGAAUUUUAUCAGGGUUCAGUCCUUAAUCCCCAUGACCUGGCGAGAGUGAAGAUAGAGUCAGCAGAUGCGUGCCUAAUCCUUGCCAAUAAAUACUGCGCUGACCCAGAUGCUGAAGAUGCCUCCAAUAUUAUGAGAGUUAUUUCCAUAAAGAAUUAUCAUCCGAAGAUAAGAAUUAUCACUCAGAUGUUGCAGUACCACAAUAAGGCCCAUCUACUAAAUAUCCCAAGCUGGAACUGGAAAGAAGGGGAUGAUGCAAUCUGUCUUGCUGAGCUGAAGCUGGGUUUCAUAGCCCAGAGCUGCCUGGCACCGGGCCUUUCCACAAUGUUAGCCAACCUCUUCUCUAUGAGGUCAUUCAUAAAGAUCGAGGAGGAUACGUGGCAGAAAUACUACCUGGAAGGAGUUGCAAAUGAGAUGUAUACAGAAUAUCUGUCUAGUGCCUUUGUGGGUUUGUCCUUCCCUGCAGUUUGUGAACUGGUGUUUGCGAAACUGAAGCUCUUAAUGAUAGCCAUAGAAUACAAGUCGGAAAAACGCGAAAGCAGAAGCCGAAAGCGUAUAUUAAUCAAUCCUGGAAACCACGUCAAGAUUCAAGAAGGUACCUUAGGAUUCUUCAUUGCAAGUGAUGCCAAAGAAGUAAAAAGGGCAUAUUUUUACUGCAAGGCCUGUCAUGAUGACAUCACAGAUCCCAAAAGGAUAAAAAAAUGUGGCUGCAAACGGCUGAUCUAUUCCAAGAUGUCCAUCUACAAGAGAAUGAGACUGGCAUGUUGUUUUGAUUGCGGACGCUCUGAGCGUGACUGCUCUUGCAUGUCAGGCAGUGUACAUAGUAACAUGGACACCCUUGAGAGAGCCUUCCCACUUUCUUCUGUCUCUGUUAAUGAUUGCUCCACCAGUUUACGUGCCUUUGAAGAUGAGCAGCCGUCGACACUAUCACCCAAAAAAAAGCAGCGAAAUGGAGGCAUGCGAAAUUCACCCAACUCCUCACCCAAACUGAUGAGGCAUGACCCCUUGUUAAUUCCUGGCAACGAGCAGAUUGACAACAUGGAUGCCAACGUGAAAAAAUAUGACUCUACAGGGAUGUUUCAUUGGUGUCCAGCCAAAGAUAUCGAAAAGGUCAUUUUGACUCGAAGUGAAGCAGCGAUGACAGUUUUAAGUGGGCAUGUAGUCGUUUGCAUAUUUGGGGAUGUUAAAUCUGCUUUGAUUGGAUUAAGAAAUUUAGUGAUGCCAUUACGAGCCAGCAACUUUCACUACCAUGAGCUCAAGCACAUUGUGUUUGUGGGUUCACUUGAAUACCUGAGAAGGGAAUGGGAGACACUGCAUAACUUCCCCAAGGUUUCAAUCUUGCCUGGUACGCCAUUAAGUCGGGCUGAUUUAAGGGCUGUCAACAUCAACCUCUGCGACAUGUGCGUUAUCCUGUCAGCCAAUCAGAAUAAUAUUGAUGAUGCUUCGCUGCAGGACAAGGAAUGCAUCUUGGCGUCACUCAACAUCAAAUCUAUGCAGUUUGAUGACAGCAUUGGGGUCUUGCAGGCUAAUUCCCAAGGCUUUACACCCCCUGGGAUGGAUAGGACGUCUCCAGACAACAGUCCAGUCCAUGGCCUUUUACGUCAACCCUCCAUUACAACAGGAGCCAACAUCCCUAUUAUAACAGAGCUAGCUAAGCCUGGCAAACUUCUGCCUUUGGUUUCAAUCAGUCAGGAAAAAAACAGUGGAACCCACAUUCUAAUGAUAACUGAACUGGUAAAUGAUUCAAAUGUUCAGUUCCUGGACCAAGAUGAUGAUGAUGAUCCCGACACAGAACUGUACCUCACGCAGCCCUUUGCAUGUGGAACUGCCUUUGCUGUCAGCGUGCUGGACUCUCUCAUGAGCGCAACAUACUUCAAUGACAAUAUCCUCACACUGAUACGGACAUUGGUAACAGGAGGAGCCACACCAGAGCUGGAAGCACUGAUUGCUGAGGAAAAUGCAUUGAGAGGAGGCUACAGCACGCCCCAGACACUUGCAAACAGGGACAGGUGUCGAGUUGCUCAGUUGGCUUUGUAUGAUGGGCCAUUUGCAGACCUAGGGGAUGGAGGUUGUUAUGGAGAUCUAUUUUGUAAAGCACUGAAAACAUACAAUAUGCUUUGCUUUGGAAUUUAUCGAUUAAGGGAUGCACAUCUAAGUACUCCCAGCCAAUGCACUAAACGUUAUGUUAUCACAAACCCACCGUAUGAAUUUGAGCUUGUGCCGACGGACUUGAUCUUCUGUUUGAUGCAAUUUGACCACAACGCUGGCCAGUCCCGAGCCAGUCUUUCUCAUUCCUCCCACUCCUCCUAUUCUUCCAGCAAGAAGAGCUCCUCAGUUCACUCUAUCCCAUCAACAGCAAACCGACCGAACCGCACCAAGACCAGGGAUUCCCGGGACAAACAGAAUGCAACAAGGAUGAAUAGAAUGGGCCAAGCAGAAAAGAAAUGGUUUACAGAUGAGCCGGAUAAUGCCUAUCCCAGAAACAUUCAAAUCAAGCCCAUGAGCACUCACAUGGCCAAUCAGAUCAAUCAAUAUAAAUCGACAAGCAGCUUGAUACCACCCAUACGAGAAGUUGAAGAUGAAUGUUGACUCCUUCGAAGCCAGAACUAUUUUUUUAAAGCCUGACAAACUUCAUGAAUGGUGAUGUGACAUUUAUUCCUCUUACUUGCUGAACCACUGAUGGAGAAGUUAAGAAGGGCACGCUUAAUGGGAAAAUAAAGUAGACAGAUCUUUGUUUGUCUGCCUUUAAUAUUGCUUCCACGUAUUUUGGAAACUAUUUCAUUUAUAAAUGAACAUAAUCAAAACAAGUCAUGUAUAGCCUCUAGCAUUUUAAAUUAUUUUUAUUUAUUAUAAAAAAUAUAUUUUUCUUUUUUUUUUUUUUCAUUGUUAAGUAUAUUCCCUUAAAGAAAUGGCACAUGUGGCCAGACUCCUAAGAAUUAAAAAAAAAAAACCAAACCAAUGAACCCUCAGUCUUUGGCUUAAAGGAGAAUGAUGGUCACAGGUAUAAGGAUAUGUAAUUAAGGGAGACAAAUGAUAUAUUUACAAAAAGGGAAAAAAAGGUCCAGUGUGUAUUUUAGUAACUCAAAAAAAAAAAAGAAGAAAAAAACCUACACUUCACCAAAAUGUUUCUUUAUCAGAAGAUGUGUAUUUUGUUCAGCAUUGACACCAGCUCUUAAUAAAUUGAACUUAUUUAUUUUCAGAGUUGAAAGUCAUAUUUUUGUACAUGUAACAUUCUUCUGAAAUAUUCGUUGUUUUAUUGACAUCUACAGAUCAUCUUGGCUGCCAGUUCUGUGAAGGUCCAGUAACCCCUCACUGUCCCCUCCCCUUCUCACAGUCCCACACACAGACACCCUUGGGAAUGCUGUGACACAGGCACAGGGAAUGUCACCACCCCAGCCAAGGGACAUGGACACCUGGGGCAUCUGCUAGAAAUGGAAAAUCUGGCAAUUGCACUUCACUUCCCAUUAGCCAUCAGCAGUUGCUCAGUUCAGGAAGGCAAGCUUGGCAAUUCUUCUUUUUUUGCCAUGUAUUACAGUGCUUUAAUCCAGAGUGCAUAAAAUAGUGCAUGGAAGCAUAAGUUAGAAACCAUCUCAUCUACCACAUUUUGUCACUCCCUCACUUCAGAAGUGCUGAUGGCCUUUUGUUGGUCUGAGAUGGUACAAAUUCUUCCUGGUAUGUAUAGAGGUUUAGCUCCAGAUUCUUGCACUUUGGUGAAAGCUCAUACCUUGGUAAAGGGCACACUGAAUCUACUUUUGGUGAAUUUAGAUCAGGAUAAAAACUGGUUUAGCCUCAGUUCUACAAUCUCACAACAUGCUGUCCUCAGUUAAUUCCUGCAAUAAGCAACAUUGUUUUUCUGGUUGUUUUUUUUCCCCUUGUAUUUAUUUUUACUUUGCUGGGACACCACACACAGAAGUCCAGUAAUAACCAAAUCAAAAUAAUAAAAGUGAUGAAUGUAUUUAUUACGAUAACAUGCAAAAGGCCUUUGAUAGGUGCCUUUUGUGUCAGCAGUUUCACAAAGUUGCCAACAAGUUUUAUAGCCAUCAGACAAAAAUAUAAUUUCAUAUCUGUGCUGCAGUAUCUACCCACCCAAGCAUUUAUGUUCUAAAUGAUUUAGUAACUCUCUCUAUCUCAAAGAAGCAACAUCUGACACAAUUGUGUGGGAAAAAAAGGAAAGGCUGUGCUAAUAUGGAAAAAAAACCAAAACCACCAAACCAGAAUCAUCAGGAAAAUCAGCAGAUUUUCAUUGUGCAAGUUAACUUUAGGCUUUGUAAUGUUGCAGAAUUGUUAAACACCACAAUUAAACAUACCGUGGUAUUUUUAUCAUUAGAGAAAUAUCAGUGAAUCAAACAAAUACAAAGCAGAUGAACUUAUUGUGAAAACAAUGAUGUCCACUAUAUAAUCCAACAUUUAAGCCAAACUAUCUCAGCUUUAAUGUUUGUCCACUGGCUGCAGUACAAGUAUAACCAUACUAACACCUAAUAGACUUUAUUCUGGAGUGACUUCUUGGACUGUGACUAUUUUGUUGUUACAUUUUGUAGAAUAGCUAUUUAAAGACAAUAACGAGAAUUGUUAAUACAGUAUCUGUAAAAUUGGAUUGUUUAAAAUAUUUCACUCUCCUACAGAGUAACAAAACAAUACAAGCAGUUUUUCAUUAUUAUUAUUAUUUAGAUCCAUGUUUAAUGCAUUUCACAGUCCCCAAAGAGAAGAUAAUUCCAGUGAGUUCUUCCGACAUUUGCUGCUUCAGCUAGUGACACGUUAUAAUUUACAUCCAGUUCUGCAUUGGGUCAUGUUAAGCCUUUUCUUUGAAGUCAGUGCUCCUUUUUCAUUUAUGAACUGCAUUCAUAUGACAACCAGAAUGAAAAAAAGCUGGUCCUGAGUAGAAUUAUAGAAACUUGUGCCACACCUCACCAAAUACAUAUGAAUUGCAAUUUUUUUUCCGCAGAAGACUGGUGUUUACUAUAGGGGCAUAGAACAUUAUAUCUUAUACCUGAUCAUAUUCAGUGCCACUUCUGAGUGUCCUUCCUUCAGAAAUGAGCAUUCACUGGACAAAGCAUACUAAUGAACCAAGUACAGCACCCCUACACAGCUAAGGUUUGUGUGUGUCUGUCCAGUUUAGCUGUCACACCCCAAACCCCCAUGCUAAUAACUGUUUAUAAAUAAAGAACAAGACCUGAACACACUCACCAGCUGUUCUGGCACAAAUAGCUCCAUAUGCAAUGGUUGGUAGAACAACCCCUACAGAGAGCAAACAAGACAGAGAGAAACAGAGUUAUGGGUCUAUGUUUCCCACUUACAGAAAAACCAAAUUCAAUAAUAUCUUCUUACUCCUGUUUUUGAUAAUCAGAGAUGCAGGACUGACAUUUGGAAAUUAGGUGGAGGAACAGAUAGAAAACCUGUUGGGGAUCUUUGAUAUCCAGCCACUGAAAAUUACAAUAAGGCCAACACCAAUAAAUGGAUAUAUGAAGUUACAUCUAAUCUGGGAAAAGGCUGGAAAGGGACCUGAGUGACAGCUGACAGAACACAUGAUGACCAAUAUAGAAAUAAAUUCUUGGUCUUUGUCCAUAUCUUUUACCUCUUUCUGAGAAGGCAAAAGGAAAAAAAAAACGGGUGGGGAGGAUUUCUAGCCUUUUUUUAUUUUUUUUGGCAUUGAUUGCAUGCAGUACUGAUACAGGCUAUAGAAUGUUUAACUCAUGUGUUGGAUAAACAGUAUGUCUGUGUGUGUCUGUUUGCAUGUAUGCAUGUCCACACACGCACACACAUCUGUCUGUGGGUGCACACAUACACACAACUGUAUUUUUGGGUACAUACACACUCAUAUGUAUGGGGGUAUGCAUGUAUUUGAUAGAGUCAUCACAAGAAGGUGUCAUAAUUUUUAUUUUCCAUGAACUGGGGUGAAGAAAGGCACACAAAAGAAGAAAAUAUAUGAAUUGCAGGGUAGCACAUGGAAGAAUUGUUUCUGCUGUUUCCACCUGAUUUGACCAAAACCCAGCCAUCCUGGUUAGCUUUAUGAGAGAUGCACUGAUGUUUGAUGUUCUGACAUUGCCAGAAAGUCUGCUGGCUCUCUCUGUUUCAUGGCUGUUAUUUUAAUUUGGCCCCUGAAGCCCAUGAGCACUAAGGUGAAAGGAUAAAACUGUCCUCUGACAGAUUUAGUGGCAAGUGCUGAGCACAGCAAAAGUUAAGGUAUGAAGAAAAGAAGAUACUCAUAGUCUGAAUGCAAAUUUUAACACCUCCAUAUGAUUGUGCAGUUCCUUCUAAAGUAAGAAGUAUAUGAUGUAUUUGUUAAUUGGGAAAAACAAGACUAAAACAUUUCCUUGUACUUUUAAAAUGUAUCCUAAACCUGUUGCUGAUGUUUUAGCACCUUGCUUUUCAAAUCAGCUUCACUGGCCCAACAGCAGGGAAUUCAUGGGACGGACAGUACAAACCCCAGGCGUGGUCAGCUGGAUGUGGAAAGACCUAGAUGGCCUCAGUCAAAGGUGGGAAAGGGCAAAUAUAAUUUUCAAGCACAGUACAGGAGACACUGCAAAAGCAUCAGCCUUUUAUUACACAUUGUUGGGUGCUGGAGGAUGAGGUUGGCUAUUUUUGCAUGCAAAAGGAAGAUUUUGCAUUUCUUGAACUCUUCAUGUAGCAGAAGGAGAAAGUACAACAGUGAGUUCUCAUUCAGGUUUUGCUGGGGGUGUGUGUCUAAACUACAGCUGACAGUUACUGCAAUAAUUGGUUGCAUAAACUGAUGCAUAAGCAUACAUGAAAAAAAGAAGCAAUAAUUUACAAAUGGCCAAUAAUUUGUGUUUUCAGUGCUUGGCCACUCACUCGCCAAUCCAUAAAAAUGUUAGCAACUACCUUGGACUAGCUGACUCACAUGGGCUCAAUCUGGAACACAGAGCAGGUCCUUAAAUGUUUUUAAGGAGUGGUUCCUGAGGUCUCCUGGAUGCCAAUGAAUUUGAAAUAAACGCAUAUUGAGGUCAAUAUGUGUGUGUAUGUGUGUAUGUGUGUGUAUGCGUGUUUUGUUUUUACAGCUGUUAUCAUUGCGAAUUUCUUUAGCACCAAAAGAAGUGUGUGUCUCACCUUCAUUUCUAGUUUUGAAUGUGCUUAAACAAAAUAACCAAGUGUGUGAAAGGUAAUGAACAGGACAAAGUGAAAACAGAAAUCUGUUCCCAGUGUUACAGUGGAUUAGCCUGGGAAUAUCUGUCAAAGUCAAUGGCAAAUGCA